AAUUUAGAAGAAAAUGAUAAGUAAAAAUCUCUUCCAAAAGCCUCUUGCAAACAAAGGUCUUCUCUCCAUUUAUGCUAAGAGACCAAUUAUCGGAUGGUUCAAGAAAAAGGAAACACUACCACAGAAAAAGCCUGGGAAAGAACUCCCAGUUAAGGCUGAAGUUGUCAAAAAAAUAGUAUCUAAAAACAAAGUCCAAGAAGUCUCAAUGAAUGUUACUCCUAUCCCAGUUAAAGAUGAUAACAUCUUUGGAGAGAUUUCAUUCCAAAUUUCAGCUAAGGAAAGGGAGAAGAAUAUGCAUGAGUUUUUGCACCCUGACCUUCUUGCACUUGACAAUGUCACUCUCCAGAAGUUUAAUCCCAAAGAACUUAAGAGAGGACUUGAUGAAGGAGAAAGACCUUUCCCAGUGACUCCUAGAAUAGCUGCUUAUGAAAUCAAGGAACCAAUAGUUGGAGCCAAGCAGUAUAGGUGGUGUUCCUGUGGAAUGAGCAGAAGCCAGCCAUUGUGUGAUGGAAGCCAUAGAGGAAGCAAAUUCAAACCUCUCAAAUUUAGAAUUGAACAACAAGUUGAUACUAUCCAUCUGUGUGGAUGAAAAUUAUCUACUACUGCUCCAUUCUGUGAUGCUACCACUUGCCAGAAGAUUAACUCAAAUUCUCUAUCACUUGAAGAGGUAACCCCUGGGAUCCAAGAGCAGACUGAAUCCAAGGUUGUAUAAUCAUAUCCAGAAUUAUUUCAACCACAAA